AGUCGCCGACGCAGCCGCCGCGCGCAUUGUGCAAGCGGCUGCAGAAGAGAGCGCGGCCGGUGGGGCUCGCGUUGGCCUCCCUUCCCAGCGGCUCGCCCGGCAGCCUGACUGGCCUGGGAGACUCCCCCGCGCCCGGGCCGGGGGCCCGGAGGGCCGCGAUGGCCUGAGUGUCCGAGGCGCGGCGGCGCAGCGGCCGGUGUGCGUGCGACAUGGGGAACCAGGAUGGGAAGCUCAAGAGGAGCGCAGGUGAUGCCUCCCACGAAGGCGGCGGCGGCGCGGAGGAUGCUGUUGGGCCCAGGGAUGCGGAGGCCACAAAGAAGGGGAGCGGGAGCAAGAAGGCGCCGGGCCGGCACGGCAAGGGGGGCGGCGGCGGCGGCGGCGGCGGGGAACCCGGCAAGAAGAAGAGCAAGUCGGAGUCCAGAGCCUCGGUGUUCUCCAACCUCAGGAUCAGGAAGAACCUGUCCAAGGGGAAAGGCGCCGGCGGCUCCCGCGAGAAUGUGCUGGACUCCCAGGCCCUGCAGACCGGCGAGCUGGACAGCGCUCCCUCCCUGAUCACCAAGACCCCGGACCUCAGCCUGUCCGCGGACGAAACCGGCCUGUCGGAUACCGAGGGUGCCGACCCUUUUGAGGUGACCCGUCCGGGUGGCCCGAAGCCGGCGGAGGCUGGGGUUGGGGGCCAGGCUGUGGCCGAGGAUUUGGAAACUGCGGCAGGGGCGCAGGAUGGACAAAGGACCAGUUCCGGCUCGGACACAGACAUCUACAGCUUCCACUCGGCUACGGAGCAAGAGGAUUUGCUCUCAGACAUCCAGCAGGCGAUCCGCCUGCAGCACCUCCACGGCGCCCAGGAGCCGGCGGUGUCCCCCGUCGCCACCUCCCCACAGCCCGGGGCCUUCCUGGGCCUGGACCGAUUCCUGCUGGGGACGAGCAGCGUGGCUAGGGAGGCCCCGGGCAGUCCCGACACAGAGCCGCCGCUGUCAGCGCUCUCUGACCUGCCCGAGAGCCCGGGCGCUGAGCUCCCGGUGCCCGAGCCACCGCCGCCCCCCAGCGGCCGCCGAGCCUCGGAGGCGCCCGUCCUGCCGGUGGCUCAGCCCACGGCCAUGGACUCACCACCCUCGUCCACCGUCUUCCAGUUUCCCGAAGCCGGGCCCGGAGAGGGUGCGGCCAGAUCCCCUGUGCAGAGGGCUGGGGACACGGAUGAGGAAGGCGAGGAGGAUGCUUUUGAGGAUGCUCCCCGCGGCUCCCCGGGGGAGGAGUGGGGCCUGGCGGUGGAAAAGGCCUCGCAGGGGCUGGGGGGAGAGCCGGAGGAGGAGGGGGCGCGAGGGCCCUGCGCUCCGGCGGCCGCCUCCCUGCCCGGCAGCCCGGCGCCCAGCCCGCGCUGCUCCAAGCCCUACCCGCUCAUCACCCCCUGCUACAUCAAGACCACCACCCGGCAGCUCAGCUCGCCCAAUCACUCCCCGUCGCAGUCCCCCGACCAGAGCCCCAGGAUCAAGAGGCGGCUGGAGUCCUCCGUGAGCCGGGGACCCAGAGCUGCCCUCGCCUCCGCGGCCGCCCCGGCCAAGAAGCACCGGGCCGACGGCAGCCUCGCGGGUGGCCUGAGCCGCUCUGCGGACUGGACGGAGGAGCUGGACGCUGAUGCGCCCCGGGCGGGAGGCUCGGCGCACUUGCUGGAGCGCGGGGCGGCCGCCGACGGUGGGACGCCCCCGGCGACGGCGGCCAAGGCGUCGGGGGCGCAGGCGGCCGCGGACGGCUUCCAGAACGUGUUCACGGGGCGGACUCUGCUGGAGAAGCUGUUCAGCCAGCAGGAGAACGGACCUCCGGAAGAGGCGGAGAAGUUUUGCUCCCGCAUCCUCGCCAUGGGUCUUCUCCUUCCCUUCAGCGACUGCUUCAGGGAGCCGUGCGGUCAGAACGCCCAGUCGAGCUCGGCUCCCUUCGACCAAGAUCAACUUUACACCUGGGCUGCCGUGAGUCAGCCCACGCACUCGCUGGACGACACGGAAGGGCAGUUCCCCAGGCGAGCCCCGUCUGUCCGGCCACCACCCGACGUGCCUGGCGAAGAACGCAGGCCCGAGCAUGCUGAAACAGAAUCCCAACCUGCUGUUUCGGAAACUCUGAAAAACUGUUCAGACGCUGUUCAGCAGGAAGUUGUAGACAUGAAGUCCGAGGGACAGGCGACCGUGAUUCAGCAGCUGGAGCAGACCAUCGAGGACCUGAGGACCAAAAUCGCCCAACUGGAGAAGCAGUACCCUGCCGUGGACACGGGCGUGGCCAGCGGCCGGCCUGGUGUGCAGAACGGAGUGGCGCCCUCGGACGAGGUCUGCCUGGAAGCUCUCAGGUUAGGACACACGGACGUACAGCCUCAGAGGAUUUUACGGGCGCAGUCGAUCCAGACGUCCCCCACGGAGGAAGGGGGGCUCCCGGCGCUGCCUUCUGUGACUGCGCUGCCAGAGCCCCCCUCCUGGCCACCGGGGGCUGAGAGCGGAGUCGCGGCUGUGCCACCCCUGCCUGCGGGACCUCAGACAAAAUUCUGUUCGGAGAUUUCUUUGAUUGUGUCUCCAAGGCAAAUAUCAGUGCAACUGAACGCACAUCAGUCCACCCAGCCUCCGCCACCGCCACCCCUGCCGCGGCCGGACGGUCAGGCACAGGCCGUGCCCGGGCCUUCCCAGCCUUCCUUUCAGACUCAGCUUGACACCAGCCACGAACAGUCUGUGUCAUCGCCCUUUGAGGACAGCCCAAACGUCCCACCCCCGCCACCUCUGCCUUGCACUGGGUCUUCCAGCUCCAUGCCUGGCCUGUGGUGCCUCCCCCCGCCCCCUCCCCUCAGUACCGCGGUCCCUUCACCUCCGUCUAUGCCCAGUACAGAGAUGCUGCCACCCCCUCCCCCACCUUUGCCCGGUGAGGGGAUACCUCCUCCCCCUCCUCUUCCUGGAGUGGGAAUACCUCCUCCCCCUCCUCUUCCCGGAGUGGGGGUGCCCCCUCCCCCACCCCUUCCUGGAAUGGGGAUACCCCCUCCCCCUCCUCUUCCUGGAAUGGGUGUACCUCCUCCCCCACCUCUUCCCAGUGUGGGAAUACCUCCUCCCCCACCUCUUCCCGGAAUGGGGAUACCCCCUCCCCCACCUCUUCCCGGAAUGGGGGUGCCUCCUCCCCCACCUCUUCCCGGAAUGGGGGUACCACCUCCUCCACCUCUUCCCGGAAUGGGGGUGCCUCCUCCCCCACCUCUUCCCGGAAUGGGGGUACCACCUCCUCCACCCCUUCCUGGAAUGGGGAUACCUCCUCCCCCACCUCUUCCCGGAGUGGGGAUACCCCCACCUCCUCCUUUGCCAGGUGGGGGCAUUCCACCUGCUCCGGCUCCUCCUCCCGGUCCUGGAACAGGCGUCCCUGCACCCCCACCCCCACCCCCACCCCCACCCCCACCCCCACCCGCCCUGCUUCCUGGAUCAGGCCCUCCACUCCCCCAGCAAGUUGCGGGUGGCACUUUACCAGCACCACAAGUGUGUGGAUUUCUUCCCCCUCCGAUGCCGACGGGCUGGUUUGGCUUAGGGAUGCACCAGGACAAAGCAAGUAGGAAGCAGCCCAUAGAGCCUUGUCGCCCGAUGAAGCCUCUGUACUGGACGCGAAUUCAGCUGCACAGUAAAAGAGACUCCAGUGCUUCGCUUAUUUGGGAAAAAAUUGAAGAGCCAUCCAUAGAUUGCCAUGAAUUUGAGGAAUUAUUUUCGAAAACUGCUAUGAAGGAAAGGAAGAAACCUAUUUCCGACACCAUCACGAAGACCAAGGCUAAACAAGUUGUCAAGUUAUUAAGCAACAAAAGGUCACAAGCAGUUGGAAUAUUAAUGUCUAGCCUCCAUUUAGAUAUGAAAGACAUACAACAUGCUGUUGUGAACUUGGACAAUUCUGUGGUUGAUCUGGAGACUCUGCAAGCUCUCUAUGAGAAUAGGGCACAGUCAGACGAACUGGAAAAAAUUGAAAAGCACGGCCGGUCCUCCAAAGACAAGGAAAACGCCAAGUCUCUGGACAAGCCCGAACAGUUUCUUUAUGAGCUGUCCCUCAUCCCCAACUUUUCCGAGCGAGUCUUUUGCAUCCUGUUCCAGUCCACAUUUUCAGAGAGCAUUUGCUCAAUUCGUCGCAAACUGGAGUUGCUGCAGAAGUUAUGUGAGACGUUGAAAAAUGGCCCCGGGGUGAUGCAGGUUCUGGGCCUGGUUCUGGCCUUCGGCAACUACAUGAAUGGUGGGAACAAGACUCGGGGGCAGGCGGAUGGCUUUGGAUUGGACAUUCUCCCGAAGCUCAAAGACGUCAAGAGCAGUGACAAUAGCAGAAGCCUUUUGUCAUACAUUGUCUCCUAUUAUCUUCGGAAUUUUGACGAGGAUGCCGGAAAAGAACAGUGUGUUUUCCCGUUACCGGAACCCCAGGACCUUUUCCAGGCCUCCCAGAUGAAGUUUGAAGAUUUUCAAAAAGAUCUCAGAAAACUAAAGAAAGACUUGAAAGCCUGCGAGGUGGAAGCCGGGAAGGUGUACCAGGUAUCCUCGAUGGAGCACAUCCAGCCCUUCAAAGAAAACAUGGAGCGGUUUAUUGUUCAAGCUAAAAUUGACCAGGAGGCAGAGGAGAACUCACUAACAGAGACUCAUAAAUGCUUUCUGGAGACCACAGCCUAUUUCUUCAUGAAACCAAAAAUUGGAGAGAAGGAGGUGUCCCCGAAUGUUUUUUUCAGUAUCUGGCAUGAAUUCAGCUCGGACUUUAAAGACUUUUGGAAGAAAGAGAACAAACUCAUUCUGCAAGAGAGAGUUAAAGAAGCCGAAGAGGCGUGUAGGCAGAAAAAGGGGAAAUCGCUGUACAAAAUAAAACCAAGACACGACUCUGGAAUUAAAGCAAAGAUAAGCAUGAAAACGUGAACACGGAAAAGCAGAUGAGAAUGAGUCUAUCUCUAACCACUUACAACUCGUUCCGCUGACCUGAAGGCGGGAAGGAAACUACAUCAUUUUGAUCAUUUUUCGUCUUUACCUCUUGCAUAAUCUUUGUGUUUCUAGACAGUUCAGCAAUGGUUGAAUUUUACUGUACAUUCAUAUAAAAGUGCAAAAGCAGUAGACCCGUGGAGAAUUUGACACCUUUUCCUUUUUGUAAAAGUUUUUGGUAUUCUGCCGAUAGACCGAAACAGCAUGUAUAAGAGGCGGUGUCUGCGUUAAUUCCAAACAUGCUACACAGGUACCUAAAGUUGACCUUUGUGAGAAUAUCCCAUAUACAGCACAAUUCUUUCCUUUCUACUGACAACCAGUACUCCACAUCGCUGCAUUUAGAUUUAUGGUUAAAAUGUUAUUUCUAGUGAAUUCUGUCAGUUUCACAUCUACGUAUACAUUUUCUAUUCUAAAAUUUAAGUACUAUUUAUGUGUCAUAACUGAGGCUUUCCCAACUUUUGGAGUUGCUCUCCAUAAAUAUAUAUUUGCGAAAGAAGAUCAUUUUUUAACUCAUCAGAUAAUGGGUAGAAAAAAAUAGCAGAAGGGAAUCCCUUUCCUGUGAAUCAUUUAAUAUAGGCAGAAAUCAGAGCUCUGUUUAUUGAGGGCUUGUAUCAGACUGUCGUUGGAGACCCUGCAUAAAACUAAUCUGUAGCAGAAGGAAGUGAAACUAAAGGCGUGCGUCUCUGUGACUUUGCCAUUGCUUUGCACAAAGAAAAUAGGACUCAAUAUUUUGAAGGAAUUUAACUAAAUGAUGCUCAUAAACUUGCCAAACCUGACUAAUUUUUGGCCAGGGG